AUGGGUGUAUUAUUAACAGCACCAAUAAGAGAUCUUGUUCCAUACGAAGAACCAUUUGCACAAAACCUUGAAGUUGAUCUUGGUGACAUUGCUCAAGUCGAAGAACACAAAGAAGCCAUUAACGCAGCACCACUCGGAGAUCUUGUUCCAAAUCUUGAUAUUUUUCCACACGAAGAGCCAUUUGCACAAAACCUUGAGGCUGAUCUUCGUGACUUUGCUCAAGUCAAAGAACACGUAGAAGCCAUUACUGCAACACCACUCGGAGAUUUUGUUCCAAAUCUUGAUCUUGUUCCACACAAAGAGCCAUUUGCACAAAACUUUGAUGGUGAUCUUGGUGACAUUGCCGGACUAGAUAAAGUUGGAGAUGAAGAGCCUUACAAUAAGUUGGUCAUUGAUGGUAUGAGUACUAGAGACAAAGCAGAAGUGUGCUCAGGCUGUCUAGAGUAUACUGUCAAACUAAAUCAUGGAAUUACUCAAGCAAACAUAGCUACACUCGAGGCUCAAAAUGUUAUUCUCGUUUAUCAUCUACACACUUCUAAUUAA